AUGUCUUGCUACAGUGAGUCCUGCAGACCCUGUGAGGUGACCUGCCCUCAGCCCAUUGCCGAGAGCUACAAUGAGCCCUGUGUACAGCAAUGUCCUGACUCCAGAGCAGUGAUCUUCCCCCCGCCGGCUGUGGUGACACUCCCAGGCCCCAUACUCAGCUCUUUUCCUCAGGAGAGCAUUGUGGGAUCAUCAGGCCCAGCCCUGUUGGGGAGGUCCUUCAGUUCCCAAAGCUCCAGGGGCUAUGGGAGCUCUCUGGGUUUGGGGGGCUAUGGAGGCUCCUUGGGCUAUGGGAGCUCCCUGGGCUUGGGAGGCUAUGGGGGUUCCUUUGGUCUGGGGGGCUAUGGAGGCUCCCGGGGCAAUGAGGGCUCUUUUGGUUGGGGGGGCUAUGGUAGCUCCCAGGGUUAUGGGGGCUCCCGGGGCUAUGGGGGCUCCUUUGGCUUGGGAGGCUAUGGAGGCUCACUUGGGUAUGGCCAUUCCCUAGGUUGUGGAGCUGACUUGGGCUAUGGGGGCUCCCUGGGCUAUGGUGGCCAAUACGGGUCCAGUGGCUUUGGCAGCUGUGGGAGGUCCUACAGCUCUGGCUUCUCCUCCUGUGGCACUGGCUAUUACCUCCCAGGCACCCAGAGGUUGGCCAGGUCCCGCCGUGGGAGCUGCAGGGCUUUCUAA